AUGGUCUGGCCCGCCGUGUGUGAGAACAUCCGCCGGCGCUUCCUCGACGCGAUCCAGAAGCCAAUUCCUGGAGAAGCCACCUGGUCGAUGGAUGUGUUCUUCUUCCUUGCUUUGGAUGAUCCGCCAGACGGGAAGAUCGACCAGUGGCGUGUCCAGCGGGAUGUGAACGCUGCGCAACUCGAGUACUGCAAGGAGUUGUUGCGGCCUGUGCACACUGAGUUCAUGCCUCCGACAUACCCCAUGCCGAAGCAUCACAAUUGCACUCCUGGACAUGAGCCAAGCUAUGCUGUGCAAACAGCACUUUGGAAUGUACCAGGUGCCAGUGAACGUAUGUAUGCUCAAUGCUACAGGCAACAAAUCGCGUAUGAUUAUGUGCUGAACACUCAUGAGCCACAACACGGUGUGAGAUAUGAUGCUCUCAUCCGGGCAAGACCAGACAGUAUCUACCUGCAGGAUGUUCCUCCGAUCUCCCACUUUAACCUUUCCAGGAUUACGACUGCUUCCACAGCCCCUGGAGACCAUUGGCACAUUGUUCAUCGAGGUUGCAGCGGGCCCAAGCGGCGCUACUGCCUGCGAUGCCAAGGCUCGGAGUACGACGAGCACUGCCGGAACGAGACGGUGAACGUAGACGUUGCUGUACAGGCGGUGGUGGCCCGAGAGAAGCCCUUGAGCUUCGCCCGGAAGAUGAAGCUUGAGAAGGCCAAGGUGCCUGAACGCUCUGGGAAGAGCAAGGCGGACAAUCGGCGUCGCCGCGAGCCGAUUCUCCGCGAAUCGGAGAAUUGGCGUCGGGUCCUGGAUUAUGGCAUGCUGGUCCUGGAAUGUGACAGGCAAACCGUGCGAUCGGAUGGGUUUCGCGGUUCGGGCACGGUUUUGGCGCUUCAACUUGCAGAGCCCAGUGCUUGCAGUUCACUACAGGGCGCCUUUCUGGGCGCACCACCUCCUGUGACGCCGGUUUCGCGCCGCGUUGUGGCGGUGGCACCAGAAAAUUCGGCCAAGCCGGAGGGUGCUCCUGCUGUGGCCGUGUUGAUCAUCGGUGCUGCGCGUGCGAUGGUAUGGCCGGAAGUCUGUGAAAACAUCCAGGAAAACCUGGUGAAGGGCUUAGCAUCUUUGGGCCCUGAUGGACAACACUGGCGAGUGGACGUGCUGCUUGGCAGUUCAGAGACGGGUGGAGGGGUUGGCGCUUCGUUUCAACCCUCUUUUGACUUGGAGUGCAGAUCCCACUUCACCAGGUUCUUCUUCCUCGCACUGGAAGAGAGCAUUCAGGCGCGAGACAAGACGAUGAUCCGGCACUCCUUCGAGGAAGAGCUUCUGAAGCCGUGUCAAGACUUGAUGAAGCCCGUGCACGUGGAUUGGAUGCCACCCAGCUACCCUAUGCCAGGAGCAUCCAACUGCAAAGCGGGACAAGAGCCAUGGUACGUCUAUCCGUUCUACAAGCCCGGCGCCGAGCCGGAGAAGGUGUUGGGUGCGGAUGAGCGGAUGUACUCGCAGUGCAAGCGCAUUCAGAUCGCUUACGACUACGUCACCCAGGAAUUCGAGCCCAAAGUGGGCCUGCAAUAUCAAGCCUUCCUUCGUGCCCGGCCAGAUGGCGUCUACCUGCAUCCGGUUCCUCCCAUGGGCAGCUUUGCGCUCUCGCAGCUGACGAUCUCGGCCACGGCACCUGGAGAUCAUUGGCAUCUCAUCCAUCGUGGCUGCCUUGGUCCCUUCGAGCGGAGAUGCCUCCGCUGUCGGGGCAAGGAAUACGACAAGAGAUGUCCAAAGCCCAAGAAGGUGCUCGACCUUGGGGUCCAGGAGGUGAUCGCCCGCGAGCGGUCGGCCGACGUGGUAUGCCCAUGA